AUGACCCAUUGUGUGCACCUGCUGCAGAACACUCGUCCUCAUAGGGCACCCAUCAGAGUGGCUAAUGGACUUGUGGUCUAUUCAGAGCUUGUGGGGGAGAUAGUGCUUAGGCCACUAAUCCAUGGACAUGCCAGGAGCCGGUCUGUGAUCCUCUCCAAUGUGCUCUAUGUCCCUGCUCUGUCACACAAUCUGAUCUCCACUACAUACCUGUCAGUUCACCAUGACUACACUGUGCUCAUGAAGGAGAACUACAUCCUGUUCAAGCGCAAUGGUGAAGUGUACUUUGUGGCAGAUAUCUCAGAGCAGGGUCAGGCAUUUGUGAGAGAGACUGUCAUGGAUAAAGAGCUGGUUACUGGUGUGAGGCUUGCCUCUGCUAGGAAACCAGACCCCAUCUGUGAGCCAUGUCUCUUUGGCAAGCUGAAUGCUGGCCUGUUUCCCUCAACUGGUCAUCGUUCUGGAGCGCCUCUUGAUCUCAUUCACUCUGAUCUAAAGAGCUACUCUGUGCCCACCCGCGAGGGCUGGAAGCACAGGGUGACUUUUGUUGAUGAUCACACUGGCUUCAAGGUAGCAUACCACAUGAAGAACAAGAGUGAGACAUUUGCAGCCCUUAAGAUGUUUCAAGCGUAUGCUGAGACUCACUGGGGGCUCAAGAUCAAGGCAUUCCAGGACGAUAAAGGGGGAGAGUACAUGUCUAAUGAGUUCAGAUCACAUCUGGACAAGUGUGGCAUUGUGCACCGCCAUUCAGUCAGGGCGCGGCCUCAGCAGAAUGGGACAGCAGAGCGGUCUAACCGCACCGUUGAUGAGCACUCCACUGCCAUGUUACACGAAGCCAACCUGCCCCCUGCAUUCAGGGCACUGGCGGUGUCUGCAUACAUCCAUGUGUGCAACAUGCACCCCACAGCUCGAGACCCUACCAGGACUCCCCAUGAGCUGUGGUUCAAGGCAAAGCCUGAUGUGUCUCAUCUGCGUGUUUGGGGAUGCCUUGCCUAUGUGCAUGUGCAAAGAGACAAGAGAGGUCCUUCUGGGCAUCAUGUCCAGAAGUGUAUCUUUGUAGGCUAUCCUGCAGGGUACAAGGGAUGGUUGUUCUUCAACCCAGAGACUCGGAAACUUGUUAUCGCUGAGAGAGCAGUGUUUGAUGAGCGCUACUUCCCAGGCAGCACCCCUCCAGCGAUGAGGAGCUGUCCUGUGGCACCCCCCUCCUCCAUGCUGGUGGAUCCCCCUCGUGCUCCGGCACCGGUGUAUGUUCCUGAUGACGAUGGUGAUGAUGAGCAGCAACAGCCGCCUGCUCGUCCUCUCCCUGCACCACGAGUUCCCUCUCCUGCAGCCAGCAGUGAUGAUGAAAUCGACUUCUUGUGUCAAGCUCCACCACCUCCAUCUCCACCACCAGCUGGGGAUGCCCCGCUUCACCCUCUACCCUCGCCUCCUCCUCCCAAUCUCCAAUUGGGGUGGCAGCUCGUCGUGCUGCUGCUGGCAUCCAUCGUGUCCCUGCACCACCCAGAAGGGCUCCAGCUCCGGCUGCUGCUCCUCCCAGGCGCACCAUGGCAGAGAUCUUUGAAGAGAUCCCUGAAGACCUUAGUGACGAUGAGCUGCUUCUGA